CGUUCGUUUUAGUCGUUUGUACGCGUCUGGACUUUAUAGUUACGCGCCGGUGACCUGUCUGCAAACACCCGAAAUGGCGGAUUACGAGUCUGACAGUGACGAAGGUGAAGCCGGACUAGGAAAUGUUACAAGAGUAAUCAUGAGGCCGGUUGGUCAUAGCGGCAAAGCAAAAAAAGGCCACUUGUGUUUCGAUGCUUCGUUUGAAACCGGAAAUUUGGGGAGGAUUGAUUUGGUGUGUGAAUACGAAUACGAUCUGUUCAUACGACCGGACACCUGCAACCCACGACAUAGACUGUGGUUCAAUUUCGUCGUGGAAAACACGAGACAAGAUCAAAACGUUAUAUUCAACAUCGUCAACAUCAGCAAUAAAAACAACCUUUUCAAAAACGGGAUGACUCCCAUAGUGAGGAGUACGAGCCGAAACACGUGGUCUCGCAUACCGGUAUACAGGGUGCACUACCACCGAUCGUUGUACCAUGACAACAAAUAUGUUCUCAGCAUAUUGUUUUCGUUCGACAAGGACGACGACAGCUAUCAAUUUUCGUACUCGUAUCCGUAUUCGUACACUCGGCAACAAAACUAUUUGUCACUGAUUGAAAAGAAGAAGCUGCCUUACUUCAAACGUGAACUACUUGGACAAUCAAUCCAAAACAAAAGAUUAGACUUAGUUACUAUCACUAAUCCAAAGAAUAUGAAUCCAACCGAAAAAGUACAUGUCGUUGUGAUAUUAGGAAGAGUGCACGGAUCCGAGACGCCCAGUUCCUAUGUCUGUCAAGGGAUCAUUGAAUUUUUGAUUAGCAACCAUCCAGCCGUGGUACGUCUUCGAAAAAAAGUCGUCUUUCAACUAAUACCGAUGAUGAACCCCGAUGGAGUCACUUUAGGAAAUUCUAGGACCAAUUUGCUGGGAAUCGACUUGAACAGAGCUUGGCACAAAAUAUCGCAAUGGGUCCAUCCGAUAUUGUACGCCGUCCACAAUCACUUGUUAGAAAUCGAAAAGCACGAGAACAUGGAACUCGAUUUGGUAAUCGACAUGCACGCUCAUUCUUCUCUUCACGGUGUGUUUACUUACGGGAACGCAUACGACGACGUGUACAGAUACGAAAAACAUAUUCUGUUUCCGAAAUUGUUGUCCCAACACAUUGAAGGUUACGAACAAACGCAUUCACUUUGUAACAGAGAUUUUAAAAAAUGCGGAACGUCACGGAGGUUUUUGUGUCAAUCGCUGAAGGAGAAAGUCAAUUGUUAUACGCUGUUCGUAUCGCAGUACGGCUUCAGCGUUUCGCCGAAAACCAUGAUUCCGUUCACGGAAGAUUCCUUUUACACUAUCGGCCGGUGUGUGGUGCUCGCGUGCUCCGACUACUUCAAAUCGACCGGCGUGCUGACGCCGCAAGACGUGGUCGUUAAGUGCGUCAAGAAACGAGAUAGGAAACGGAAAACCGUGUUGUACCGACAGCGCGAAGUUCACCCAUUGUUCAAGAGGAAAAUCAAAAAGAAAUCGUUAGCGUUGAAACGGGUGGAUAUCAAAGACUCGUUUCGCAGCGCUCUAACGGCCUCACGACGCCCGUCCGACGACCCUAACAGGACUAAUGCCAGCAGGCGGAACAUGCGCUUCGUGGACCUGUCGAAGACCGUCGACAAUCGGAGAUCGUCGAUUGCUGUGGACCGAGAGAACUCCGCCGCCCCACACGCAUUUUCGAUCAUAAACGUCAAUGACAUCAUACGAGACACGGACGCGUUGCUCAAGUUCUGAUGUGCUGGCGGCUCGCGACGGUACCUAAAUCUACGGUGUCGGCACCGCAGGAAGGUGUUGGGACUUGGGAGGAGGGACUUAUUUCAGACGUCCUUACCGAAUUUUCACUGACGUGAGCAUUUUCCUUUUUUUUAAGGACACUUCGAACGUUUUCUUCGUAAUAUCUCUGCAGGAUACCUGCGGCGACGUCAGCACAUGUCUGAAUGGGGUGUCGACGGGGUCUCUCCCGGAGUAUUUUUUUUAUAUAAUAUAUAUUUAGUUUUGGUUAAGUUGUAAUAAGUUAAACUGUUUCUUUUUUCAAUAUUUUCAGUAUUUUUCUGUAUUACGGCUAAUUAACUGUUGUAUAUGUUAGUUGAAUAAUAUGUACCUAACAUAAUAAGUACUAAUUACUUAUUAUACGAUUUAAAAAUACAAGUUUAUUUUGUAAAUCAUUAUUAUACACAUUAUAAUUAUUUUAUAUUUUAAUGUAUAAGUAUUUUCAGAGUUUCAUAACUCGCCUCAAUCACGAACGUUGAAUCCACUGACUUUAUUGUAAUAAUAUAAGUGUCCAUUUUGUACCACGAUAACGAUAACGACAGUAAUUUGUAAUGAUUCUUCCUCCAACAUCAUUCUCGUGGUUUUUCUUGAUUAUAAUAUUCAUAGUAUACUAUGUCACACACACACUUAGUGAAACCGAUAUUUUCAUGAAGUGGACGUCUAUGGAAAUUUUUUUUUAUUAUUAUUAGAUAUUAGGUAUACAUUUUUUUAUAAAAUAGAUAGAACAAUUUUAUCCGAAUAAUGUAAUGUUUGUAAUUCAAUCGUUGAUACUUUAAUAUUUUACCUACAUUUUUAUAGUUAGCUUAAACAAAAACAAAAAUUAAUUGAUUUCCCAUGAUAUAAUUUUUAAUACUUUGUUAAUUUUAUAAUAAACUAU